GACACAACAUCGGAGUGAAGAAUGAGAGAUAUCAAUCAGUGGGGGAAUAGAAUCGAGAACUGGAUAUGUGAAAUCGAGAAGGAAAUCAAGUCGUGUACUUCGCUCGACUAUUGUCAAGAAUUGAGAUGUGGUGGUACUAUGACGAGAAGAAAGGAACUCGAACAAAGCACUCCGGUCGAUAUUGAAAACCGGAAUGACUUUGCACGAGAUCGUAAGAUGAGUAUGUCCCUCCUUCUGGGCUUGGCCCGUUCGUUGGCUCCAUCCCAACUACAAGGACGGAGCUGUCAGGUCUCGUGGAAUUUGGCCACUUCCUCUCGACACCACCCCAAAUAUCGCACACAAAUAACGAACAAUCGCCAGGCAAUGGGAAGGAGACACUGCUCGGCGAUAUCUUAUCAAUCGACGGUCUAUUACGACAAGCGGCCUGAAUUGAACACUGUACCAUCUGUAUAGUUGGCGCUAGCAGUCAG